ACUGUAUCUAGAUUCUGUACCUUAACCCCAACAUCCUUAUAAUUACUCUUCCUUUCAACCCCACCCAGUAUUUUCUCUUGUUUUCUUCUGAUCCUAUUCCGCACUAUAUAUACCCCCCCGUUCCCUGCUUCACUUCUCAUCAGCCCACUUCUACUCUUCUUCCUCCUCGCAGACCUUUCCCUAAAACCCUAAAUUCACACUAACACUUCCUCUAAUAAUUUAAACCAAACUACUAGUUCCGCAUAUAAAGAAUGUCGGGGGUUUGGGUUUUCAAACAUAAUGGAGUGUUUAUCUUGGAGAAUCCUGGAGCUGAAGCAUCUGAAGGAAGACAAGGAGGUUCUUCAAGGAGAAAGGUUCUAGUGCACUUGCCAUCUGGUCAAGUUGUAACUUCUUACUCUUCCCUUGAGCAAAUACUCAGAAACUUAGGUUGGGAGAGGUAUUAUGGAGGUGAUCCUGAUCUCUUCCAAUUCCACAAACACUCUUCCAUCGACCUAAUAUCUCUUCCAAGGGAUUUCUCCAAGUUCACUUCUGUUUACAUGUACGAUAUUGUCGUCAAAAACCCCAACAUCUUCCAUGUCCGUGAUAUGUAAGCUACCCGGCCCUAUGCAUUUCUGCAUCUGCAUAUCAUAAUGCGUGGACUGCUCUUUUCUUUUUCCUUUUUGUUUUCUUUCUUUCGGGGCAUUGUCAGCAAAAUUGGUUCUAGAAUUGUGUGUUAUCUUCCUUAAUAUAUGUAGGAUUAACUCCACUGCUAGCUAGCGAGCUAGGUUCAGAACUUUUCCUUGUUUACAAUAAAUAGCAAUAAAAGUGGAACCUGAAGAUUGUACUGUUUAUGGUUUUCUUAAUUUAUUGUAUUCGUGUAA